UGGAGUCGGCCGGGAUGCAAGAUGCAAGCGGGGAAAGGCCGGCGUCCUACAUAAAGCGUGCGGGACGGGGAGUCGCGGAGGCACUCACAGGCGAGCACCGCUGCGGGAAGGAAGGUUCCGGAGAAGACUUCCAGAAGAUUGAAAAAAAAAAUAGAUGAUGAUGACGAUGCACCCCCAGGAUCAGGAGUUCCCUCUUGGGAUCUGUUUGACCACUUUGAUCCUCUUGGGCAGUUUUGUCUCAGUGGGAGGAGCUGCUCUGAAGCUGGAGGCUCCGGCGGACGUCGGCGCCACUGUUUUGAACCACUCCAUGAGCUUGGUGCAGCGUAUGGAAGGCCUGCUGGCCGCCGGCAACGGCAGCGACGUCACCCUGCGCGUGCACACCAUCAACACGGACGAGGUGAAGGUGAUCCAAGCCCACAGCCUGGUUCUCACCAUGCAGAGCGACGUGUUCGAGGAGAUGCUGCUCAACCGCAUUAACGGCACGGUGGUGCUGAGGGAGACACCGGACAGCGCCGCUGUUUUUGACAAAUUCAUCAGGUAUUUGUACUGCGGCGACGUGUCAUUGCGGCUGGACCAGGCUAUUUCUUUGCACAAGCUGGCCAGCAAGUACCACGUGUGGGGCUUGCAGCAGGGCCUGACCCAGUACAUGACCCAACAUCUGUCCAGCGAUUCUCCCACGGGCCACGUGGUGGGCUGGUACAACUACGCCCUGCAGACCGGAGACACGUCCCUGCGGGACAGCUGCCUGCAGUACCUGUCCUGGAACCUGUCCUCCGUGCUGCAGAGCCAGGAAUGGGGUUCCAUCAGCGAGGACUUGCUCCUCUCCUUGCUCCAGCGCUCGGAUCUUAUUCUGCAGAGCGAGCUGGAGCUCUACGAGGCCCUGGAGGUGUGGAUCGACCAGAACCAGCCUGAGACUAAAACGGUGGAGACGGCGCUGAGGGCGGUUCGGUACGGCAUGAUCCCGCCUCAUUAUCUUUUCCGUCUCCAAAAGCAAUCCGCUCUCAUGCAAAAGUACUACGAGUCCAUCCGGGAUCUGCUCUACCUGGCCUUCCAGUUCCACUCGGCCUCACCCAUCACCUUGGCCAAAUACUUUGACGUCAACUGCAGCAUCUUCACCCCCCGCAACUACCUGUCCUCCUCCUGGGGCUCCCCUUGGAUCAUCAACAACCCCACCCGGGACGACCGCAGUUUCAGCUUCCAGACGCAGCUGGGCCCCAGCGGCCACGACGCCAGCAAACGCGUCACCUGGAACUCGCUCUUCUCCCCCCGCUGGCUCCCGCUGAGCGCCAGGUCCACCUACACCGAGAUGGGCGCCAUGCAGCCCACCCGCACCGACGGAGGCCGACCCCGCAUCAUCGUGACGCCGGCCACCUCCAGCGCCGACUUCGCCGGGGUGAGCUUCCAGAAGACGGUGAUCGUGAUGGCGCGGCAGCAAGGGAAGGUGGUGGUCCGACACGUUUACAACUUCCACCAGAGCACGGAGGAGGCCGGAGACUUCUUGGCGGGGGCCGACCUGCAGCGUCGCGCGUCAGAUUACCUGAUCGACAGCUCCCUCUAUCUGCACGUCGUGAUAAAACCGCUCUACCACACCCUCCUGGUUGCAAGGAAAUAAGUUCACACACGCUACUCAUAUCGCAGCACCCGCAACAUUUUUUCACUACUUUGUCUUCCAUUCACAGUCGUGGUCAAAAGUUUACAUACACUUGAAAAGAACAUAAUGUCAUGGCCGUCUGGAGUUUCCAGUCAUUUCUACAACUCUUAUUUUUUUUGUGAUAGAGGGAUUGGAGCACGGGCUUCACGGUGGAAGAGGGGUUAGUGCGUCUGCCUCACAAUACGAAGUUCCUGCAGUCCUGGGUUCAAAUCCAGGCUCGGGAUCUUUCUGUGUGGAGUUUGCAUGUUCUCCCCGUGAGUGCGUGGGUUCCCUCCGGGUACUCCGGCUUCCUCCCACCUCCAAAGACAUGCACCUGGGGAUAGGUUGAUUGGCAACACUAAAUUUGGCCCUAGUGUGUGAAUGUGAGUGUGAAUGUUGUCUGUCUAUCUGUGUUGGCCCUGCGAUGAGGUGGCGACUUGUCCAGGGUGUACCCUGCCUUCCGCCCGAUUGUAGCUGAGAUAGGCGCCAGCGCCCCCCGCCACCCCGAAAGGGAAUAAGCGGUAGAAAAUGGAUGGAUGGAUGGAUUGGAGCACAUACUUGUUGGUGGUAAAGCUCGGUUGGUAGAGCGGCCGUGCCAGCAACGUGAGGGUUGCAGGUUCAAAUCCCGCUUCCGCCAUCCUAGUCACUGCCGUUGUGUCCUUGGGCAAGACACUUGACCCACCUGCUCCCAGUGCCACCCAGACUGGUUUAAAUGUAAAAAAAAAUUAGAUAUUGGGUUUCACUAUGUAAAGCGCUUUGAGUCACUAGAGAAAAAGCGCUAUAUAAAUAUAAUUCACUUCACUUAAAAAAACAAAACAUUCAUGAAGUUUGGUUAUUUUGUGAAUUUAUUAUGGGUCUACUGAAAAUGUGAGCAAGUCUGCUGGGUCAAAAGUAUACAUACAGCAAUGUUAAUAUUUGCUUACAUGUCCCUUGGCAAGUUUCACUGCAAUAAGGCGCUUUUGGUAGCCAUCCACAAGCUCCUGGUUGAGUUUUUGACUACUCUUGACAGAAUUGGUGCAGUUCAGCUAAAUUUGUUGGUUUUCUGACAUGGACUUGUUUCUUCAGCAUUGUCCACACGUUCAAGUCAGGACUUUGGGAAGGCUUUUGAUUGAUUGAUUGAAACUUUUAUUAGUCGAUUGCACAGUUCAGUACAUAUUCCGUACAAUUGACCACUAAAUGGUAACACCCGAAUACGUUUUUCAACUUGUUUAAGUCGGGGUCCACGUUAAUCAAUUCAAUCCAUUUUAAAACCUUAAAGGGGAACAUUUUCACCAAACCUAUGCAAGCGUCAAUAUAUACCUUGAUGUUGCAGAAAAAAGACCAUGAAUUUUUUUUAACCGAUUUCCGAACUCUAAAUGGGUGAAUUUUGGCAAAUUAAACGCCUUUCUGUUUAUCGGUCUUUUAGCAAUGACGUCAGAACGUGACGUCACCGAGGUAACACACCCGCCAUUUUCAUUUUUACAUUACAAACACCGGGUCUCAGCUCUGUUAUUUUCCGUUUUUUCGACUAUUUUUUGGAACCUUGGAGACAUCAUGGCUCGUGGGUGUGUUGUCGGAGGGUGUAACAACACUAACAGGGAGGGAUUCAAGUUGCACCACCGGCAAGAAAUCUGCCGCCAGACCCCCAUUGAAUGUACCAAAGUGUCUUCACAUUAGACGGGCGAUGCUAAGACAGACAUGGCACAGAGAUGUAUGGAUAACCUGCAGAUGCAUUUGCAACGAUUAAGUCAACGAAAUCACAAAGGUGAGUUUUGUUGAUGUUGUUGACUUAUGUGCUAAUCAGACAUAUUUGGUCACGGCAUGACUGCCAGCUAAUCGAUGCUAACAUGCUACGCUAAUCGAUGCUAACAUGCUAUUUACGCUAGCUGUAUGUACAUUUGAAACCAGAUACCCACAUUUAAUGCGAAACAAACACUUACCAAUCGACGGAUUUAAGUUGCUCCAGUGUCACAAGAUGCGAAAGUCCUGAUCGUUUGGUCCGCACAUUUUACCGGCGAUGCUAAUAAGGCAGCCAUGCUAUGGGCCACUUCAUUAGGUACACCCACGCUAUGGCCGAAUAGCGUCAAUAGCUAUUCGCUCAAUAGCUUCAAUUUCUUCUUCAAUUUCGUUUUCCCUAUCCGCCUCCAUACUCCGACCAUCUGUUUCAAUACAUGCGUAAUCUGUUGAAUCGCUUAAGCCGCUGAAAUCCGAGUCUGAAUCCGAGCUAAUGUCGCGAUAUCUUGCUGUGGUAACCGCCAUGUUGUUUGUAUUGGCAGCACUGUAUGACGUCACAGGGAAAUGGAUAGUGGUUUCGAAGAUAGUGAAAAUAAGGCACUUUAAAGCUUUAUUUAGGGAUAUUCCGGCACCGGUAAAAUUUUGAAAAAAGCUUCAAAAAAUACAACAAGCCACUGGGAACUGAUUUUUUAUUGUUUUUAACCCUUUUGAAAUUGUGAUAAUGUUCCCCUUUAAAGGCCUACUGAAACCCACUACUACCAACCACGCAGUCUGAUAGUUUGUAUAUCAAUGAUGAAAUAUUAACAUUGCAACACAUGCCAAUACGGCCUUUUUAGUUUACUAAAUUGCAAUUUUAAAUUUCCCGGGAGUUUCUUGUUGAAAACGUCGCGGAAUGAUGACGUGUACGCAUGACGUCACGGACUGUAAGGAAAUAUUAUCGCUGCGCAUAAGUAGUCUGCUUUAACGGCAUAAUUACACAGUAUUUUGGACAUCUGUGUUGCUGAAUCUUUUGCAAUUUUUUCAAUUAAUAUUGGAGAAGUCAAAGUAGAAAGAUGGAGUUGGUAAGCUUUAGCCUUUAGCCACACAAACACACGGUGAUUCCUUGUUUAAAAUUCCCAGAGGUGAAGCUUUACUAUGGAUCAGAGCGGUCAAGCGAACAUGGAUCCCGACCAAAUGUCAACCAGCAGUUUUCGGUGAGAAAAUUGUGGUAAAAAGUCGCCACUUACUGGAGAUCAGCUGAGCUUGUGCCGUCCAUACAGCUGCCGUCGACUUCCCUCCGACACUGGCCUCAAGAAACCCUUGGACAAACCCCUCCGACUAUCAGGUACUAUUAAACUCACUAAAACACUAGCAACACAAUAGAAAGAUAAGGGUUUUCCCAGAAUUAUCGUAGUAAAUGUGUCUAAAAACAUCUGAAUCCGUCUCAAUGCAAUCGACUUGAUUUUUAUUUAUUUUUUUCUAGCCCUUCGCUAUCCUCAUUCACGAAUCUUUCAUCCUCGCUCACAUUAAUGGGGAAAUUGUCGUUUUCUCGGUCCGAAUAGCUCUUUUUGUUGGAGGCUCCCAUUAAAAACAAUGUAAGGAUGUGAGGAGCCAUCAACGGGUGACGUCAUCGUCUGCGACUUCCGGUACAGGCAAGGCUUUCCUAUUAGCGACCAAAAGUUGCAAACUAUAUCGUCGAUGUUCUCUACUACAUAAAUCAUUUCAGCAAAAAUAUGGCAAUAUCGCGAAAUGAUCAAGUAUGACACAUAGAAUGGACCUGCUAUUAAAUAAGAAAAUCUCAUUUCAGUAGGCCUUUAAUUCUAGCCUGAUUUAACCAUUCCUUUACUACUUUUGACAUGUGUUUGGGGUCAUUGUCCUGUUGGAACACCCAAUUGCGUUGAAGACCCAACCUUCGGGCUGAUGAUUUUAGGUUGUCCUGAAGAAUUUGGAGGUAAUUCUCCUUUUUCAUUGUCCCAUUUACUCUCUGUAAAGCACCAGUUCCCUUGGCAGCAAAACAGGCCCUAGAAUUUACUACCACCAUGCUUGAUGGUAGGUUGGUGUUCCUGGGAUUAAAGGCCUCACCUUUUCUCCUCUAAACAUAUUGCUGGGUAUUGUGACCAUCCAUCCAUCCAUUUUCUAACAGCUCAAUUUUUGUUUAAUCUGACAUCACAUGGACAAAGAUAAAACCUUCUGGAGGAAAGUUCAGUGGUCAGAUAAAACUAAAAAUUGAGCUGUACGUGCUCCAAUCACUCUAUCACAAAAAGAGUUGUAGAAAUGUUAGGAAACUCGAGACUGCCAUGACAUUAUGUUCUUUACAAGUGUAUGUAAACUUUUGACCACGACUGUAUAUACCUUGAAGAUUUGUGUCGCAAAAUUCCAUGCACAACACAAAAUGUCUUCAUCCCGUCUCUCAUUUAUGCAUAUUUUUAACUUCAUUUUGCUUAGAAUUUGCUUUGAAAUAGCACCACUGUCUUUGACGUUUAUGACAUUUAGUUGUAGAACUACGGUAAGAGUAAGUGGCGUGUAUCUCAACUGAUCAUUGAUACAUAACCUAAUUGGUGUCCUGAUCCGAUAUUGACAUUGCAUAUCGGUGCGAUAAAAGCAAAUAAACAAGUAUCGGAUGAUGUCGGCUUGCAUGUAAAAUGACCAAUAUCAUCACCGAUACACGCAUUUUUACAUCAAUCAAACAAACUUGAUUUAUAAAGUGCUUUUCAUACAUAAAACAAAUGCCACGCAAAGUGCUUUACAAAGUUAAAAACAAUACCCCGGUGACCCGUAUCCCCCAUUAAUCACAUACCUACGCACAGACACAAACACACAAACACAAAAUACACACACACGCAACUAUAUGGACGAAUGAUUGCAUGGCUGAGUACAGAGGAGCCAUGGGAGUAAACACAAUCACGAGAGCCAUCUGCACCAGGACGCUGACACAAAGGCGCCCCCACAAGCACGGCCGAUAUUCCCUGAGGCAGAUGGCUCAUCUGAGGAACGUUGGAAAAUAAAAAUAAUACAACUUGUAAAAUAGUAAGAACCAUGUGUAGAGAUAAAGAAUACAAUACAAGUAAGGCAUAUGAAAAUUAAUUAAAAAAAAUUGUGUGUGUGCGUGCAUAUAUGUAUAUAUAGGUGUAUGUAUUUAUAUAUGUAUAUAUGUGUAUGUAUAUAUGCAUAUAUACGUAUGUAUAAACAUAUGUAUAUAUAUGUGUAUUUAUAUAUAUACAUUGUGUGUGUGCAUAUACGUAUAUGUGUAUAUAUAGGUGUAU